AACAGAUGGAUAUCAUCGCUUUGAUCAUGGUGGCAGUAAGCAGCUCCGAAACGUCGGCUAAUUUAUGCGAGACUAACGAAGCGUAGAUAACAGCAAUUUUCAAACUCUUCGCCGACUACAGAAGGACAUACGACUUGCAGAGGAUCAUCAUCCUUCCAUUUUUCCUUAAUUUUGGUAAAUGGGCCAAAUAACGGCAAUGUCCUUUUCGCCAUCCCUGAGAAAAAGAAACUGUUUUGACCAUGAAAUGCACCAGGAUUCGUUCAGACGUGCAAACAGAUCGAGACCACAGCAUUAGGAGUUGUGGUCAUUGGCAGAGCGUAUCAAGACGAGCUUGUGAACAGUUAGAAUCGUGGGGUGAGUAGGAAGGCGAUGCUAAAUAUUACGGUAAAUGAAAUUUGCUUUUUUCUAACUACAAAACGAGAAUGAAAUACGUGUUACUGCGCAUAAUAUCAGAGGUGACUUAGUGUACGUUUCGAUAAUACAACUUAGUUUUACUGAAAGGUUUCUGUUAACAAAAUUUCGAGUAUAUGCACAGAGUACCAAAUACGGGCACCGUCUUGCUGAAUAUAUUCUUACCGCGGGAAAGUUUCUAAGAAGUAGAGAAUAACUGUUUCAAAAAUAAAACCAAAACAGAGAGGACAAUGAUCGGAGAAUAACCUUCGAGUAGCUGUUACUGCAGUUUAAGGAAAUGUCAAGUACAUAAUAUUUCUUUCAAUUACACUUUUUCUUUGUGCAUAUGAACAGUUUAUAUAACCUAAUAAAACACAAUUUCAUUAGUUUGUCCCGUUAAAAAGAAAACCUACUCUUUCGGACUCUGAAAUGUGCCCAUAAAUAGAUCAUGGAGUUCCUAAUACGGGCACUUUCCACCCUUACACUUUUAAGUUCCUCCAGUCUCCCAGACUUAUUUCAUCUAAAAGCCAAUCAUAUUACUUCAUUCCCAAUCCAAUCAAGAAGACAUUCCUCGAAGUUGCAGCACUUCCUCUUAAGUAGGAAAAAUUACAAAUGUUCUGAAUCUUCAGGUGCCCUUAUUUGGGCCACGUACAUCAGUUCUCCAACAGCAAGUUUUUUUACACAUGUUCCGCAACAAACUUCUGCAGGCGAUAAAGUGUUGAUAACUCCGCAAUCAUAAUAUCGGUCUCACAAGCAUUGAUAAUUUUGAGCCCAAGCUGUAACACAAAGUCCCAUUCCUUGUAUUCAUCCCGCAAUACCUCAAGCUUUCGUCGCGGUCAAACUUUCGCUAAGUUUCCACAACUGGAAUGACGUUUCAUUUAUCGUGACACAUGAAGAACCGUUUAGCCUAUAUUAAAACUCCGUUACUUUUCUGUAUAUAUAGGACGACAGAAAUACACUACCGGAACAUUACUUACAGCAACAAAUAAUGUCCUGCCUCAAAUGAAGAUACAUGAUGGACAAACAGUUCAUGUUUUCAGAAACGUUAAUAUGAUAGUGUGUUUGUUCUGAGUACGUCUGAAAUUGCAUACGAAACAUCAGUCGAAGAAAUGCCAGAGCGAUAAGUAGCAAUCAAAGGGUAAAGAACAUCUUGGAACUUAGCUUAUGUGUCUCCCCAAGAGGUUGUCAGAACUGUAAAUAACUGCCAGUACAAAAUGAAUGGCAGAAGAUCAUUAAAUGAAAUUACUCCAGGAAUCCAGGAAUUCUUCGCGGGACGGACUGUGUUCAUUACCGGAGGCACAGGAUUCUUGGGUGCAGUGCUGCUCGAGAAACUGCUUCGGGCCUGUCCCGAGAUUACAACAGUCUACCUACUAGUUCGCCCCAAACGUCUCCAUGACGUUCAUAACAGAGUCAGCACUCUCUUCGACUCUCCUUUAUUUUCCAAACACGGCCCUGAGUCAAGGAGAAAAGUAGUUGCCAUACCUGGAGACGUAUCGAAGUCAGGACUGGCGCUCCACGAAGACGACAGGAAUGUCCUGAUAGACACUGUGUCUGUAGUGUUCCAUGCGGCCGCGACUAUCAACUUCAAUGCAGCACUGCAGUCUGCAAUCAACAUCAACCUCAUUGGAACAAAAAGAGUUUUACAACUCUGUCAUCAUAUGAAAAAUAUAAAGGCACUAGUGUACGUCUCUACUGCUUACUGCAACUGCACGCUGGGAAGCGUGAUUCUGGAACAGGUGUACCCCGCAAAGUAUGAUCCCAAUUACGUGAUAGAACUCGUGCAGAACAAGUCCCCGGAAGAAACCCGGAACUUAACAGCAAGACUGACUUCAGAUCAUCCCAACACAUACUCCUUCUCUAAACAGUUGGCUGAAAACCUAGUGAAGACAGAAAGAAAGCAAAUCCCGGUUGCAAUUGUUCGCCCAACUGUGGUUCUUGGAACCCUGAAAGAGCCUGUAGCAGGAUGGAUCGACAACGUACAGACGGGUGGCUUUGCUUUCAUCGCUGGGGCGGCGAAAGGAGUAUUCCGCGUUGUGGUUGCUGAUCAGAACAGGGUAGCGGACAUCGUGCCCUGCGACCACGUGGCAAACUUAAUGUUGGCCGCUGCCUGGAGAGCUGGUGUCAGCAGUGAAGACCUAACUCUAAAGGUGUACCACUGCAGCACAGGAACCACAAAUCCUGUGACGUGGGGUCAGUACACUAACCACGUGGUGGAAAUGGUCCGGAAGCAUCCUUGCCACGAGAUGUUAUGGUACCCGGCAGCGAAGUGUCGUCUGUCUCCACUUCGCAGUACGAUCGCUGUGUUGUUGUUGCAUAUACUGCCUGCAUAUGCAUUGCUAGCGGUAACCAAACUCAGAGGAAAACCUAACCGAGUGUUGCUUUCCGUGCAGCAGAAGUACGCCCUGGGAAUAAAGCACGUGAAAUACUUCACCAAACGACAAUGGCACUUUGACAUCAACAACACGUCGGAGUUAGCAGAGAGUUUAAAACCGACUGACCGUCGGUUGUUUGACUUCGAUCCAAAAAACAUUGACUGGUAUUCUUACCUGCAGGCGAACGUGCUGGGGGUUAGGGAGUAUUACCACAAAGAACCAACCACAACUUUGAAUGAAGCUCGGAAAAGAAUAAAAAGGUUCUGGUUACUGCAUAUGGCGGCUCACAUCGCUCUGUUCCUGAUGGUUUUACUGGCUGCGCAUCUGCUGCUCGGCACUGACCUUGUGGUUUCUAUCAUGCUGGCAGUCGUCUUCACGGUUCUCUUCGUCUGGCUUUGA